GGUUGCCGUGGAGACGGUGCGCGUGCGCAUUGUGUCGGGGCCUGGUGAUGGAGGACGUGCUGGAGGCGGAGAGUCCGCGGGUUGCAAAGACCGGGCGCCGUGCCCGACUGCCCCAGGAUGCCGUGGACACUGAGGACCCUUCCAGCAAACCGGCACGGCGGCAGGGCGGCUGGGCGGACAACACCCCUCGCCUCUCCAAAUCUGGUCGCAAAGUGUCAGAAGAACUGGAGGACACACGGCUCAGGCCCCGCAGCCCCGAGGACUCUGACGAUGAUGGAGAUAUCCCCGUCAUUCCUGACCUGGAGGAGGUGGAGGAGGAGGACCUGGCCAUGCAGGUGGCAGCCCCCCCCAGUGUGCAGGUGAACCGGGUGUUGACGUACCGGGACCUGGACAAUGAUCUGAUGAAGUACGGGGCCUUCCACACCCUGGACGGGGACAUCGACCUGAAGCUGCUGAGCCGGGUGCUGUCAGCGGAACAAGAGGUACGAGAGGAGGACGUGUGCUGGGCGUGGGACCAGCUCUUCACUGAAGUUUCCUCGGAGUUGCUGACUGAGUCGGAGGAGCGCACUGGGCAGGACGAGGACGAGCCCAAACUGGUGCCAGCGCAGGGGUGAUGGGAGAUAGUCCUGCCCCCCCCUACCUCUCCCCGUGUACACCCUCCCCCCCCCCCCCCGUGUAUACACCCUACCCAGAUGUGUGUAAAAUACCUGUGUACACCUUUCCCCCCGCUGUGUGCACGUGUGUGUGUAAAAUACAACCCCUGUACACCGGUUGCUGUUCUCCCCGCACUGUGGGGCCUGUAACAAUAAACCUCUUUACACCCGUUA